UUUCCUUGUAGUCACCUCCACCAAAUGGAACUAAAGAAUGAUACACGAAUUUCAGAUUUUCUUCUUCUGGAUUUAUCCAAGGAACCAGAAUUGCAGCCUCUCAUCUAUGUACUUUUCCUAUCCAUGUAUCUAAUCACCAUGUUUGGAAACCUGCUUAUCAUUCUGGCCACCACCUCUGACUCCCACCUCCACACACCCAUGUAUUUCUUCCUGUCUAACUUGUCCUUUGUAGACAUUUGUUUCACCUCCACCACCAUCCCAAAGAUGCUGUGGAACAUCCACACCCAGAGCAAAGAUAUAACCUAUGAAGGCUGCAUCAUCCAGAUGUAUUUUUUCAUACUCUUUGCAGGAUUGGACAUCUUCCUUCUGACUGUGAUGGCCUAUGACUGGUUUGUGGCCAUCUGCCAUCCCCUGCACUAUACAGUUAACAUGAACCCCCGGCUCUGUGGACUGCUGGUUCUGGUGUCCUGGAUGAUGAGUGCCUUGAAUUCCUUGACCCAAAGCUUAAUGGUGUUGCAGCUGUCCUUCUGUACAGACUUGGAAAUCCCCCACUUUUUCUGUGAAAUCAACCGUGUGGUCCAACUUGCCUGUUCAGACACCUUUCUUAAUGAUGUGUUGAUGUAUUUUGCAGCUGGGAUGUUUGGCUGUGUUUCCUUCACUGGGAUUCUUUACUCAUAUUCUAAGAUAGUUUCCUCCAUAAGAGAAAUCUCAUCAGCUCAAGGGAAGUAUAGAACAUUUUCCACCUGUGCAUCUCGCCUCUCAGUGGUCUCCUUAUUUUAUUGUACAAGCCUAGGAGUGUACCUUAGCUCUGCUGCUACACGCAGCCCACACUCAAGUACAAUCUCCUUGGUGAUGUACACUGUGGUCACACCCAUGCUGAACCCCUUCAUCUACAGUCUAAGAAACAAAGACAUACAUAAGGCUCUGAAAAGAAUUAUUGCAACGGCAGCUAUAAGAGGGCCAACUAUUCUGGGGCUGAAGAAGUACCUGUGA